CCGCAAUCCACCGAACGCUGCCCGAGUGCCUGGAAACGGAUUGAAGACAUCAUAGACUCCCCAGACUUCCGCGACAUCCAGCCAUCCAAAAUGUGGCAGCCACGGUAGCAACGCUCGCGAGACUUCGAUGCGCGGUAUUCUCCCUGGGCGCCCGCAGGCCAAGCUGCAGGCCGUCGCCCAUGGCUUGUGGGAGGGCCUCCAGAUUAUUGCCUACAUAUCCGGUAACGCCCUGAUUCUUCUCAACCGGCCCAACCAUGUCCUGCAGACGCUCUACAUUGACGACGAGUUUGAGCUCGAGGCAGUCGCAAUAGACGAGGCCACGGGCAAGCUGGCCGUAUGCUCGACGCGACACAUUUAUGUAUACCGACCGUACGGACAGGAUGAGGGUGCUAUCAAGUGGUCGCUACAAGGCAGCAUGGCAUUGCCAGAUGCCGACGACACCGUCACGACGCUCUCAUGGGGGAUGCCUGAUGAGCUUCUCGCUGGCAGUGCUUCGCUGACCCUGUUUAACACCCAUGGCGAUAUCGAGCAUACGUGGUCCAAACAGCUGGCCAACCCCGUCAAGUUUGCCCACUUCUCGCCUGACGCCGAGUUGAUAGCUUCAACCGGCCAGCACGACCGACUACUCAAGAUAUGGCGUCGUACAGCCUUUGGCUCCGCAGACCAGAGAUUCGACUACUUCUACCUCCCCCAUCCCAAGGCAAUCACAGGCCUACACUGGCGGUAUCCGCUGCACAAGGAGCAAUUGGCCGACAAUGUGCUCUACACGAUAUGCGCUGACAACAAAGUGCGCGUAUGGGUGCCUGGAGAGCAUCACGGAGUGGAUGGUAUGCACAUGUGGGCUGAGGUGGACCUGAUGGAGGCUAUCAUGGAGCGUCACAUACCGCUGGACCGCCAGUCGACCAAGCGGUAUGCCUUCUUCAUUGAUGGCAAGUACUUCAAACAAGCGACGGAAAGAGCAAUGCAGCAGGCUUCGCCCCAGGAAAAGGACCACGGAAUAGCAUUCCAUCACCUGAUCGAGGUCGCGAACCGCAGUCCCGAGAUCUGCGUUGUGCUCGACGAUCGCGGCAACAUGUCAGCAUGGGGGUUUGAAAACGUGGGCGCCAAGGGCAAGAAGGUGACGGACGUCUUCAAUAUUGCCCACGUCGAUGGAUUGCGCAUGCAUUUUGCAAAGGAGCCAAAGCCCAUCGAGGACAAUGUGCAGUUCUAUGCCUUUAUCGACGAAAAGCCCGAGUCCGAACUGACCAUCUUAUCACAUCACUUUGACGGCCGCAUGGAGUGGCUGGAGGCGCGUAUCGACUACUUGUUUGAUCCUUCGCAGCAGCCACAGCGCAUGCAACGCAAGGCCAUGUGGACAGGGCACUCGCAUGCCAUCAAGAAAGUCAAUCGUACUGCCAGUGGAAAGGCCCUUGUAUCGCGCACCACUACCGAUGAGUGCAUAGUCUGGAUACACCGACAGGGGGACGACGGCAUGACGCUCCAUCGUCAUAGCAGUAUCAACGUCACUGAGCACAUCCACCGCACUGCACUUUUACAAGAGGGCGACUUCCUUGUGUUUCUACAUCACAAAGAAAUCUCGCUAUGGGAUACUCGCGGACACGAAGCCGUCGAAGUUAUGCGGCUUCCCUACGAGCUACAAGGGAAGCCCCUAUGUCUUUUGGUCAUUCCCGAGAUUGACCACGACGGGAGGCGUGUUCACGUUGCCACCGUCAGCUCUGAGAUGAAAGGUAUAUGCUGGGAAGUUACACUGCCAGCACUAGAAACAGAUUCGGCUACUGGAAGAGAUUCAUCGAAUGGUACACAUGCCAACGGGUACACAAAUGGCCAUGCACCAGCUUCGCUUGAGCAAUUCUCGAUCUUUGAUCUUGGUUCUGGCGACGACCUUGCAUUCGUAUUGCCUGUGGAUCCUGCAGGCUCGGCACCUGUCAUCUCCGGUUUUCUUGACGCAUUUGCGCGAGACACUGCCAUUUCGUACACCAAGUCGGGAGUCAUCAAGUCUUGGACUGCCCGUGUCAAUCUUGAAAAGCGAGAUCUUGAAUGGUUGUUGACUUCUGAGGUGGAUACUGGGGUACACAGCCCUUCGCUUGCCAGUGGGACAUCAAUACGAAAAGCCGCGCUGGUGGACGCUGAACGGACUACACUUACUAUCUGGAACACCCGCAGUGCGCAACUUGAACAUCAGGAGACCUUUGAAGGCAAUGGCAUCAUCUCUGAUCUUGAUUGGUCUUCCACUCCAGAUAACCAGUCUAUCCUCGCUGUCGGCUUCCCUCACCGUGUUGUCAUCUACGCACAGCUGCGAUACGACUACCUGAAUGCAGGUCCAUCCUGGGUAAAAAUUGGUGACGUGCGAAUUCGAGACAUAACCCCCCAUCCAAUCGGUGACUCUGUAUGGUUGGGUAGCGGCAAUCUCGUCAUAGGCGCGGGCAAUCAGCUCUUCAUACAAGAUGAGCAUGUGGAAAUAACUGACAGUCUUUUCCCCAGUUUACGAACUUUGUCACGCAAGACUGCGCAUAUCGACAUCUUUGAAGCUGUCAGUCGUCUCAAUGGCCCGUUACCGGCAUACCAUCCUCAACUGCUGUCGCAAUGCGUAUUGGCUGGUAAGCUGCUGUUAGUGCAGCGUAUCUUGAUCUGUCUUUAUAAGAAGCUCAAGUUCUGGAUUGAGGGCGAAGAGUUUGACAGCACAUUGGGCUUUGCCCCUGAGGACUUCUCUGAGGAUCAGACCCAAAUGACUGCAUCCAAGAAAGAGAUACACUCGUCGUACAUGGAUUAUUCAGAUGAUACUGAACCAGAGGCUGUUACUGAAGAAGUCGCGUCAAAUCUCAAGGAGCUUCUGACUAAGAAGCAGAUACCCUUGCUUUCAAGUCGCGAACAAUUCCGUCUAGCUGAUAUCGUCGAGUGCAUUGGCAUGGUUGAGAGGCAUCGCCGUUCGGUUGAUGACAACGCGGGUCGCUUCUUGCUCUUUUUCCGACAACACGUCCUCAGCCAAGUCCACAAAGGACCCAUUUCGUGGCGUGAGAUUGUCUGGGCCUUUUAUUCUGGAAGCCAAGACAUUCUAGUAGACCUCGUCAGCAGGCAUUUUAGCGGAAAGAUGCUGUGGCAACAUGCGAAGGAAUGCGGAGUGUUCAUGUGGCUGUCGGACACGAAUGCACUCCGCGCACAAUUCGAGGUCAUUGCUCGGAAUGAGUACACUAAAACGGAAGAGAAGAAUCCCGUUGAUUGCGCCUUGUACUACAUGGCUCUGCGUAAGAAGCCGGUCCUGGUUGGCCUAUGGCGCAUGGCAACCUGGUCAAGAGAACAAGCCGCUACACACCGGUUGUUAUCGAACAACUUUAAUGAAGAACGCUGGAAGACUGCUGCACUUAAAAACGCAUAUGCUCUUAUGGGCCGAAGGAGGUUUGAAUAUGCUGCGUCCUUCUUUCUUCUUGCAGAUCGCCUCGACGUGGCUGUCAACGUGUUGCACACUCAGCUAGGAGAUACGCAACUUGCUAUUGCUGUAGCAAGGGUCUACGGCGGCGAUGAGUCUCCUGUGCUACUGGAUUUCCUCAAGAAUAAGAUUCUGCCCCAGGCUGCCCGGGAAGGAAACCGGUGGCUUGCAAUCUGGGCCUACUGGCUACUUAACCGCAAGGACAUGGCAGUGCGUGCGCUCGUCACGCCGCUUUCCGACCUCAUCGACAUAUCCGAGAGCCCUGACCCACUUGCCAAAUCCUACCUCACCGACGACCCUGCUCUUGUAGUACUAUACAAGCAGCUUCGCGAAAAGAGCUUACAAACGCUCCGUGGUGCCACCAUGAUCGGUAUGCGCGAGGAAUGGGACUUUGUGUUGCACACGGCUGGACUGUACGACCGCAUGGGCUGUGAUGUUCUUGCGCUCGAUUUGGUCAAGACAUGGGAAUUCCUACUCCCUCCACCACCAUCGAUAAACAAGUCACAAGCUACUGGCGACCGCGUGCCAAUGCUCAGCCCUACGAUGCCACGCGAGAGCUCCGAAACCCACGGACGCAACUCCAGCGCUGAGGAUUUCGAUUUUGAUCCUAGAAAACUGCUGCGUCGUCGCAGUUCAUUGGUCGUGGCAGAUUUACCAGUCAGAGAGUUCAAGAAGGGGGAGAGCCAGGCGGCGCCGCUUGAGGAGGAGGCGGAUUCUGAGCAAGAAAAGGAGAAGAAGGAAGAGAAGAAGAAACCACCGCCUACGCAAUUUAACGAGCCGGAUGCGAAUAGUCUGUUGGAUGCUUUUGGGUUUUAGGCAGCUCAGGCUUGAUAGUAUGCAGGAAGAGGGUAUUAGGAUAUUAAUACACGUUUUUUCUUUA